GAAAAGUCGCCAGUUAAGUCUAUUUCUCCAUCAUCCCAAUUCAUCUUUUAUCUUUUAAAUCUCCCCAAAGUCCAAUUUCCCAAAAAAAAUAAUCAGAAACAGAGAGAAGAGAGAGAAAUCCCAAUGGAUCAUCUUCAAUCUUGACAGCACGAGAAACCCUCUUCCCCAAAAAUACCCAAAGUUCUAGGACCAAAGUUUUCAAAAUCACUAAUUGAAAAUUCCCGCAAAGUAAUCGGAGCGAUCCGAUCGAAUGUCUCAGAACCCUCCACCUCUGACUCGGACGCUCCUCUUGCUCCUAUGUCUUCUAGGUUUAGGCUUUUGCGUUGACCUGGGUCAAUCCCUGAAGGUCCCGUUCAGCGUCAACGAUGUUCUUCCGAUGCUGCCUCGCCAAGUGUCGUGGCCCGUUUUGAACAGCUUCCACAGCGCCGUGGAUUUGUUGCCUGUUUUUAUCGGGUCCGUUACUCCGAAUAACGCGUCUCUUGAGUGGAAAGGUGCUUGCUUUCAUGGCAACGAGGCUCGUCUCGAUAUCACCGGUAGCGAUCGCGAUGAACCUGGGCUUGGAGGUGGCGUUCUCCAUCUCAAGACAUCAGAGGCACAUAGCUUGACCUGCAUGGACAUAUAUGUCUUUGCAACGCCGUACAGGAUCACCUGGGACUACUAUUUCUCUGCCCGAGAUCAUACGUUGAACUUUGAUUCCUGGGAAGAGAAAGCUGAACUGGAAUAUGUGAAGGAGCAUGGAGUUUCAGUGUUUCUAAUGCCAUCAGGGAUGCUUGGGACGUUGCUUUCCUUGAUAGAUGUGUUGCCACUUUUCUCCAACACUGCUUGGGGACAGAAUGCGAAUUUGGCUUUCUUGACGAAACAUAUGGGCGCUACGUUUGAGAAAAGACCUCAACCUUGGCGGUCCACAAUCAAUCCAGAAGAUGUGCAUUCUGGCGAUUUCUUGGCUGUGUCAAAGAUUAGAGGUAGGUGGGGAGGGUUUGAGACGUUGGAGAAAUGGGUGACUGGGGCUUUUGCUGGUCAUACUGCUGUUUGUUUGAAGGAUGAUUUGGGGAAUCUUUGGGUUGGUGAAUCAGGACAUGAGAACGAGAAGGGUGAAGAAAUCAUUGUUGUGAUUCCUUGGGAUGAAUGGUGGGAUUUGACAUUGAAGGAUAAUUCAAAUCCUCAAAUAGCUUUGCUACCUCUACAUCCUGAUAUCCGAGCAAAGUUCAACAAUACUGCUGCGUGGGAAUAUGCACGAAGCAUGUUAGGCAAACCGUAUGGAUAUCACAACAUGAUUUUCAGCUGGAUUGAUACUCUUGCCGAUAACUACCCACCUCCCCUUGAUGCUCACUUGGUUAUUUCUGUCAUGUCUAUGUGGACUCGUGUACAACCAUCAUAUGCCGCAAAUAUGUGGAACGAGGCACUCAAUAAACGACUUGGUACUGAGGAUCUGGAUUUGUAUGGGAUUCUUGAAGAAACAGCGAGGCGUGGAAUGUCGUUUGAUGAACUGCUCACCAUCCCUGAACAGGAUGAGUGGGUUUAUAGCGACGGGAAAUCAACAACCUGCGUUGCUUUCAUUCUUGCUAUGUACAAAGCCGCUGGUGUAUUUGGCCCUCUCGCUGAUCACAUUCAAGUCACUGAAUUCACUAUUCGAGAUGCGUACACACUGAGGUUGUUUGAAGAAAACCAGACGCGCUUACCGAGUUGGUGUAACACAGAGGAAGGGAAGCUUGAGUUCUGUCAGAUUCUGGGUGAAUACAGAAUGGAGUUGCCUGGUUAUAACACCAUUCAACCAUAUGCUAACAUGAACGAGAAUUGCCCUUCUUUGCCUCCUGAUUAUGAGAGGCCUUCUAAGUGUUAGGAAAAAAAAAAAUUAGCUAGCAUGUUUGUCUCUCUCUCUCUCUCUCUCUCUCUCUCUCUCUUUCUCUGUUUGUUGUUUGUCUACUUUUGCUUUAUUUAUUAAGUUUUACCCUUUUUAGUUAUGUAGGGGAAGAAAACCACGUUUGAGAACAAUCUUGAUGUGAAUAUAUGAAUGAAGUGUUAUCAAAUCCAAUGUUGGCUUAACUAUA